GUUUGGUGGGCUGUCAUUUGUAAAGUAGCGCUCGGUCGUCGUGGUUGCGUGUAUCUGCGAGAUAAUUGUCUAUAUAUAUACGGUGUUCUUUUAGAAAAGUUUUAACUUGGAGAAUUUUUCGAGGUUUUCACAAAUAAAGGAGCAUAUAUGUAUUUUGAAAUAUUUCGCAAGUGAUUUUCAAAAACGAAAGAAAACAAAACGCGUACAACUUCCUGCAACGUCGAAGAGUCGUUCAAAACAAGUAAACAUUAAGGCACUAUAAAAACGAAAAGUGACUUUAAUCAAGAUUUUCAAUUGGUCAAAAAAUUGCAUACGAAAAUUUUACGCUAAUAUUUCGUAAUCCGCACAAAAGUUGAUAUUGGUAAUAUACCGCUGAAAAAAAGAGCAAAAAGCGUGUCAGAAACCGGGAAAUUGGCAGUGGUCAGCUGAAAAUUUUUGUUUUUACUUAAACAUCAGCCAAAAAAUACAUACAUACAGCAGUAACCUACCGACAUCCAAACACAGAAUUUUUUUACGAAACUACGAAACUCAAAAAAGACACUCAUAAAAAAGUACAAAAAAUUUGAAAUUGCUGCAUUUGAGAUUCCAUUUUUUUCUCUUCGUACAAAUCGCUCGUUUAUUCGGUUGCCUUAAAAAAUCGGUUGUUCGUUCGAGUAUUAUAAUUUAAUUUUUUUGUUGUUAAAUUUACUGAAAAUUGGCGUAGAAGGCCAAGUGAAAGUGUCAAGUGAGUUGAAUUGGAUUUUUGUAGACUGACACAAGAAACAAAAGAAAAAUACAAAAAAUUGUAUAAUAAAAGCAGCAAGUCGAAGCAAAAGAAUCGGUGACGUGGUUUUGUUGAGGUUUUGCUAGAAAACAAGGAAACUUUAUAAAACAAAUUUUCCAAAUCUAAAAUCUAAAAGCAAAAAAUCGAAAGCCAAAAAAGUCUUUCGCAGUGAAACUCAAUUAAAAUAAUAUAAAUAUUUAAAAUCAAUCAAACCGAGCGUAGCAGCCGAAGUGAGCACCUAAAGCGAGUGUAAUCCUUCUUUUAUGUUAUUAAGAAACCAUAACAACAACAAUUACAACAGCAAUAUGAGCGGAUACAGAGAGAUGUCAAAACUGGAGAACAGUCGAAACUGCCUACGUCGCAUUGCGCGUCAUGAUGAACCACAAUUCUCGAAGGACAGCAUCGUUAAUGUAAUGGAGAGAUUUGUGAAAUCUGUGAAAGUGAUGGAUGAUACCAUACUCGUACCAUGUUUGCUUAUGGAUCGACAGGUCGGUGAUAGCACAGAUAUUAUACCAGCACCUGGCAAGAAUUCCACAUCCAAUCAGCAUAUGCUUGAACAUGCUGGCGCACAUGGUAAACGCAGUGCUAAACACUCCAAGAACGUACACGAAUUCCUUAACUCGUCGGAGCUCUUCAACCUUUACAGCAUGCUGAAUGCGCUCAAGACUGAUCUGCUCUGGACGGGCAAGGAUGAUUCGGAAGAUGAUGCGGACAGCACAGGCGAUGAGCAACUACGCCAUACCGAUGGAGACAAUAUACUCUAUACGCGUUGCGAUUCCAACAAAUCGGAUGCGGUCAGUGUGACGAGCAGUAGCAGUCCAUCGACAGCGCCCAACACAGCCAACAACGCCGCUACCGCCACCACAAUCACCACAACCACCAACAGCAGCGCCAAAGGUCACAAUCGUUGCCCCUCCACCGCCUCGGUGGCCUCGAUUGUCUCCGCCACAUCGGUAUGCAAUCUAAGCGAUUCGGAAAGUGAAAUUUCCAAUGAAAACGAUUCGGGUAUGGAGUCAGAGGGUCAUAAGCCCAGCAGCACUGCAUCUGUUAGUGGUAGUGAUGAUACAGACUCCCGUGCCGCAGCCGUCGCCAACUCAAUCGCCAAUGCCGAUAAAGCUACCGAAUUGGCGAAACGUUGCCGGCGACAUUUGAAUGGACUCUACCAAUGUUUGGAACAAAUGACAGAGGCGGCACACUAUUUGACCGUCAGAUACCAAAGUGAUAUUGGUCCCGUUUAGGGAUGAACUGCGGAGGGGGGCGCGUGCGCGCUCAUUACGAGUUGCUCUGGGAUGGAGCGGGGCACGAACUGAAGCAAGCUGGCAGCGACAGAAGUCCGAGGGAUUUGUGUGGGCGAGUGCAAUGAAUGGCGUGCCGUGUGUUCUGGGGGGGAGAUAUAGUCAAUAGUCAGUCUUUUGGGGGGGUUGGGGUUCAUCGCAUAAGUGGGUUUUAUGUAAUAAUUUAAUAAUUUUCUGUAACUUUUUACGGUUUUAGGGUUAGGACAUUGGGAUGACAGGCUAAAAGCGUUUGCGUCAACGCUCACACAAAAGCGUGCUGAAAGAGGAUUGCUGAUUUUGAAAACAAAUACCUAUGUAUAAGCAUACAUAUUUGUGUGAUAUUAACAAAAGCAAUUUUGAUUCAAAUACUUUUUUAAUAACUUCUCGCAGGAGGUUACGCACGAAAUGGUGCCUAUUGUUUGCGUGUAGUUAUAUAUGUAUGUACAAUUUCGAAAAACAAUAUUUUUUCUAAAUAUCAGCAAUUCUUAAUGGCAAAUGUGAUGUGAUAAUUAAAGUCAAUGCUGUGCGGCUGAUUAUGUAUGCGCCCUUGCGUGAGUUUAUGACGUAAAGCUUUCCUGUCAAAAUGUUUGUAUGCAAAAUAUUUUCACAGUUUGUGUGUGUAGGGUAUAAGCGAAGUAGGUAGUCUAUAAAUAUUUAGUGUAAAGGAAAGAAUAUUUGAAAAAUAAAUGCAAAAAAUACUACGGAAACUCAAAAGCAAAUCAAUAUUGUAAUUCGAGGGGCUUCAUGCAUGAAAUAGUUUUUGCACUGAUUAAGGAGCGCAAACUCAAGAAAUUGUAUUGAAAAUCGAGUCGGAGCUUAAGCCUAAUUUUUAUGCAUGAUGCCCGGGGAGUCCAAAAAAAAUGGUUGCAAGCAAAAGUAAAGUCAUAUAUGUAUGUAUGUAAACUAUAGAUAUUUCAAGAGCCAUAACUGCAAAGUAGAGCAAAUGAACAAUCAAGCAAUGAAGGCAGCGCGAAAGAAAGGCAAAGUUGAAGCAAAAUAAUGUGCGAAAAAUAGCAGUUAAAACAUAAUUGCCGGCAAAACUUUUGAAUUUUGUCUACAAAACAAAAAUAAAUAUUUUCCUUGUUAAUACAAUGGAUGUGUACCUUCAGGCGCUGUGCGUUCCUAACCAUCCCACAUACGUCUGACCGGUUUUUUUUUUGUUGCGAGGUCAAUUCAAUCAAAGGCUUUACGAUGAAGCCGGAAAUGUGCGCGUAAAAAUGGUUAAAUUAACGAAAUGAAAAGGUUCUGCGUAUAUAAAUUUCUAUGUUUAUCUCUAAGACGCACACAAAUAUAAGAUGUAUGUAUGUAUGUAUAUUAAUUACAUGCACUUGGUUAGCUAUGAAGCAAUUAAAAGCACAACUAGGAAGCCAAAAUUAUUAAACCGCUGUCGUGAGCAUUAUUUUAUUUAUCGACGAAGAGCAAUGGGUAUAGGAAGCUGCAAAAAGUUCUGGGAUAUGGAUGGCAAUCGUAGAAAUUUCUACGCGAAUGUGUGAAUCUAAGUCAGAUUAAUCUCCGUGCGGCUGCCUCCGCUGGUUCGGUAGAAAAUCGACUACCAAUCGAAUAUUCAAAAACCAUGUGAUAAGUAAGGCUCCACUAAAAAGCAUGCGAUGCCAAUAAACAAUGCAUUGAAAGCCAAACAAACGAUGCAUUAGAAGCCACGGUCCUUACGAUUGCAAAAUUCUAUCCUCAAGGCGAAAAUUGUAAAAUAAAAGUUUACUCACUGUGCAACUACUUUGCCUUUCUCACGCAAAUAUGAAAAGGCGCUUGAUUAUUUGUAAACCAAACAUAUUUUUUGUAUCAAAAAGAAAACAAUCUUAUAACAAAUAGUCACCUGAGUGAAUCACUUCAACUCAAAAAAAAACUCAAAACUUUUCAGAAUUUCUCUUAGAAAUAUUGACCGCUCGGACAGCCUAUUUUGAUUCACUUCAUUUCUCAGCAAAACAGACUGGAAAAAUAAAUGUUAAAAAAUCCUCUCCGAAAUUGAAAAAUUUCAGUACCUACCAAAUACAAGUACAUGGGGAACUCCAGCUAAAUUCGGACACCAUUUGACUUUUACAUCUUGAAUUUUUUUUUUUAUUUUUUUAUGUUAAAGUGUUUACAGCGAAUUAUGUUGAGCAUUCCUCCCUCUGCAAUGCAUUGUUUUUAGCUUUUUGAUCAAUGCAAAAAAAGUUGUUAUUAUUGAGUUGGAGACAAAAUUUGAUAGUUUUUAAUAGCUUUCAAAAGUCGAAAAAUUUAUUCCACUUUUAUCUCGUUAUCGGACUAAGCUUUAACGUUUCAAAAUGGAUGAAAGCUAAAAAAAUUUAAGAAAAUCAAAAUUUGAACAUUUUUUAUGAAUUUUAUAGAAUUUUUUUUUUUUGGAAAUUUGUUCGAAUUCAUGUUCCGAAAGUAUUUUAAAGAUGAAAAAUUUUAACGAAAAAAAUAAUACCAAUCAGACUAUUUAUAAAAAGGAUUUUUUUUUUUUUAAAUUGAUAUCUGAAAACGGCUGGACAAAAAAGUUACAAAAAUAUCAGGGAGGCCUUUCAAUUGGCACUACAACAUGAAAAUUUAUGCAAAACGGUGUGGGUGUCCGAAUUGGGAUAGAAUGUGCCAAUAUGUAUGUACAUAUGUAUGUACGUAGUGUAUUUUCAAAAAGAGAGUCGAGUGAUAAAAACCAAAAACUGAAAAAUUUUAAACCGCAACACAAACUGAGCGCAAAACUAUUGAAAACAUUCUGCAAUUUCAUUUUUUAGUAGUCCUUUUUAGCAUAAAAUUCAUACCUUUUACCUCUUCAGUAGCAACUACGCUACAACAACAACAACCGAUAAAAUCACCAUCUAAUGAAAGAGCUUCGCGACUUACGAAAUGCACAUUCGGUCUGCCGAUGUACAUAGAAAGCAAUUCAAACUAAGCUUGUGAGCGUAUUUUGUUUAAUGAGAGCAAGCUGCCAUACGAAAGACUUAAGUCACGAACCUGAGCUCAAGUGAAAAGGCAAUAUGCAAUAAUGUUUUGAAUGCGCAACUGCGGUUGAGAAAUAUUAAAAAAUAAAUGGGAAUGUAAAAAAGCAUUGAAGGUUGGUAGAAAAUGUGCGAAAAUAAUUGCAGAAGUGGUUUGGGAGUGAUAGUAAAAAUUCAAAAAGCUGAAUGAGUAAAGGAAGCUUGUAAUAAGUGCAAGCAGAAUCUGUCUAUACCACCAUUUUUAUGAAAAUAACAAAUAAAAAAUAGUAGUUAUACAUACAGGCGGGCUCCCGUUUUCUUUAUAGUAAAAAUGUAGUCAUUUAAUUUUUAAAGCAAAAUUUUUUAUGCACCUGAAUUCGUAAAAUAAAAAAUGUUUAAACAUAUAAGUUGCUGUGGAGCUGGUGGAAAGAAAGCGUAAAACCUUUUUGAAAUAAUAAAAGGCAAAACCAAACGAAAACGGGAGCCCAGCUGUUAGUAAAGUAUUCAAAUUGAAAAAAGUCAGAAAAUAAAAUACAAUAAAAAAGUAGUUAAAAUAAAACGUGGUCGCAUUUGCUAUAAUUUGCACAAAUUAGUUAAGGAGCAACGAAAUUUUAUUUCCUACUCCCUUGCAACAAACAUGUAAAGAAGAAUAAGAAAACUUAAAAUAGCAAUAAAAAUAUGUAACGUAACGAAAGUCACUCAAAAGUGCCGUUAGACUUUGUUCGCAAUCAACUAUUUUGUUUGUGUUGUUAGCACGGUUAAACAACAAAAAAAAAAUUAGCAAUACAUAUAUAAAAUAAAAAUGUGAGCCGAAGCAACAAAAACACUUUUGCAAGUAACAAGCUAAAAAAAUGAAUAAAGUUAAAAAAUAAGAAUUGUGUGAAAUUCUAGUUAAAAGACAGAAGCAGUCGAAGAUAUUAAAAAAAUAUAUAUAUUAAGUAUUUAAACAGCCACUUUUUGUUGUUGCUUUUUUUGCUAUUUCGUUUUUAUUUUUUGCUUGUUCACUUUCUCAAGCAACGUUGAAGUAAAUUUAAAAUGCAUAUAAAAAUUGUAAAACUUAAAAAAA